GCGGGCUUCCGGGGGGGGGGUGGCUGGCCAGGCUCCCUGCAGCAUCAGCACUUUCUGGGGGCCCGGCAGCCAGCGCGCUGGAGGAGAGGGAAUCUGAGAGGACGGCGGAGAGACCCCCAGCCGGGGCUGGGGCCGAGCUAGUUUGCAAACACACCCUGGCCAUCACGACUCCACAUCCAGAAGGAGACUGGCUCAGGGAAGGACCAGCCCCAGGCAGAAGGAGUAGAAGUCAGAGCUCAGGAGCAGGAGGGCAGCUGCUGUCUGCUGCGCACCGACCACAUGCCAGGAGGAGCGCCAGAGAUGGACGACUACACGGAGACGCUGAAGGAUGAGGAGGACGCCUUGUGGGAGAAUGUGGAGUGUAACCGCCACAUGCUGAGUCGCUACAUCAACCCGGCCAAGCUCACCCCCUACCUGCGCCAGUGCAAGGUCAUCGAUGAGCAAGAUGAAGAUGAAGUACUUAACGCUCCCAUGCUGCCGUCCAAGAUCAACCGGGCAGGCCGACUCUUGGACAUCCUGCACACCAAGGGGCAAAGGGGCUAUGUGGUCUUCCUGGAGAGCCUGGAGUUUUACUACCCAGAACUGUACAAGCUGGUGACCGGGAAGGAGCCCACUCGGAGGUUCUCCACCAUUGUGGUGGAGGAGGGCCACGAGGGCCUCACGCACUUCCUGAUGAACGAAGUCAUCAAGCUGCAGCAGCAGAUGAAGGCCAAGGACAUGCAGCGGUGCGAGCUGCUGGCCAAGUCGCGGCAGCUGGAGGACGAGAAGAAGCAGCUGACGCUGACGCGGGUGGAGCUGCUGACCUUCCAGGAGCGGUACUACAAGAUGAAGGAGGAGCGGGACAGCUACAACGACGAGCUGGUCAAGGUGAAGGACGACAACUACAACCUGGCCAUGCGCUACGCCCAGCUCAGCGAGGAGAAAAACAUGGCGGUCAUGCGGAGCCGGGACCUCCAGCUCGAGAUCGACCAGCUCAAGCAUCGGUUGAAUAAGAUGGAGGAGGAAUGCAAGCUUGAGAGGAAUCAGUCGCUGAAACUGAAGAAUGACAUCGAGAAUCGGCCCAAGAAGGAGCAGGUUCUGGAACUGGAGCGGGAGAAUGAGAUGCUGAAGACCAAAAUCCAGGAGCUGCAGUCCAUCAUCCAGGCCGGGAAGCGCAGCCUGCCGGACUCCGACAAGGCCAUCUUGGACAUCCUGGAGCAUGACCGCAAGGAGGCCCUGGAGGACCGACAGGAGCUGGUCAACAAGAUCUACAACCUGCAGGAGGAGGCCCGCCAGGCGGAGGAGCUGCGAGACAAGUACCUGGAGGAGAAGGAGGACCUGGAGCUGAAGUGCUCGACCCUCGGGAAGGACUGCGAGAUGUACAAGCACCGCAUGAACACGGUCAUGCUGCAGCUGGAGGAGGUGGAGCGGGAGCGCGACCAGGCCUUCCAUUCCCGGGACGAAGCCCAGACCCAGUACUCGCAGUGCCUGAUCGAGAAGGACAAGUACAGGAAGCAGAUCCGCGAGCUGGAGGAGAAGAACGACGAGAUGAGGAUUGAGAUGGUCCGGCGGGAGGCCUGCAUCGUGAACCUGGAAAGCAAGCUGCGGCGCCUCUCCAGGGACAGUUCUCCUUGCCGCCAGAGUCUGCCCAGGAACCUACCAGUGACCAUCAUCUCUCAGAACUUCGGGGACAGCAGCCCCAGGACCAACGGUCAGGAGGCUGAUGAUUCUUCAACCUCAGAGGAGUCGCCGGAGGACAGCCGAUACUUCCUGCCCUACCACCCCCCCAAGCGCAGAAUGAACCUGAAAGGCAUCCAGCUGCAGAGAGCCAAAUCCCCCAUCAGCCUGAAGCGAGCAUCAGAUUUUCAAGGGAGGGGACAUGAAGAGGACGGCAUGGACGUCAGCCCCAGUUCCUCCAGGUCCCUGCCUGUCACCAACUCCUUCUCCAAGAUGCAGCCGCACAGGAGCCGUUCCAGUAUCAUGUCAAUCACCGCCGAGCCCCCAGGAAACGACUCCAUCGUCAGACGCUAUAAGGAAGAUGCGCCGCAUCGGAGCACAGUUGAAGAAGACAACGACAGCGGUGGGUUCGACGCCUUAGACCUUGACGAUGACAGUCACGAGCGGUGCUCCUUCGGACCCCCCUCCGUCCACUCCUCCUCCUCCUCUCACCAGUCCGAGAGCCUGGACGCCUAUGACCUGGAGCAGGUCAACCUCAUGUUUAGAAAGUUCUCUCUGGAAAGACCCUUCCGGCCGUCGGUCACGUCCGUGGGGCACGUGCGGGGCCCGGGGCCCUCGGUGCAGCACACCACGCUGAGUGGUGACAGCCUCAUCUCCCAGCUCACCCUGCUCGGGGGCAACGCCAGCGGCACCUUCGUCCACUCUGUCAAGCCGGGCUCCCUGGCCGAGAAGGCCGGCCUCCACGAGGGCCACCAGCUGCUGCUGCUAGAAGGCUGCAUCAAAGGCGAGAGGCAGAGCAUCCCCUUGGAUACAUGCACGAAGGAGGAGGCGCACUGGACCAUCCAGAGAUGCAGUGGCCCCAUCACCCUGCACUACAAGGUCAACCAGGAAGGGUACCAGAAGCUGCUGAAGGACAUGGAGGAGGGCCUGAUCACGUCAGGGGACUCCUUCUACAUCCGGCUGAACCUGAACAUCUCCAGCCAGCUGGACGCCUGCUCCAUGUCGCUGAAGUGUGAUGACGUCGUGCACGUCCGUGACACCAUGUACCAGGACCGGCCCGAGUGGCUGUGCGCGCGGGUCGACCCCUUCUCGGACCACGACCUGGAUGUGGGCACCAUCCCCAGCUACAGCCGAGCCCAGCAGCUCCUCCUGGUCAAACUGCAGCGCCUGAUGCACAGGGGCAGCCGGGAGGAGGCAGACACGGCCCACCACACCCUGAGGACCCUCCGGAACACCCUGCAGCCAGAAGAACCGCUUCCCACCACGGACCCCAGAGUCAGUCCCCGCCUGUCGCGAGCAAGCUUCCUUUUCGGCCAGCUCCUGCAGUUCGUCAGCAGGUCCGAGAACAAGUACAAGCGGAUGAACAGCCAUGAGCGCGUGCGCAUCGUCUCGGGCGGCCCGCUGGGGAGCCUGGCCCGGUCCUCGCUGGACACCUCCAAGCUCCUGACCGAGAAGCAGGAAGAGCUGGACCCCGAGAGCGAGCUCGGCAGGAACCUCAGCCUGAUCCCCUACAGCCUGGUGCGCGCCUUCUACUGCGAGCGCCGCCGGCCCGUCCUCUUCACGCCCACCAUGCUGGCCAAGGCGCUGGUCCAGAAGCUGCUCAACUCGGGGGGCGCGAUGGAGUUCACCAUGUGCAAGCCAGAUGUUGUCACGAAAGACGAGUUCCUCAGAAAGCAGAAGACAGAGACCAUCAUCUUCUCCCGGGAGAAGAACCCCAACGCCUUUGAGUGCGUCGUCCCUGCCCACAUCAAGGCCGUGGCGGACAAGAACAAGCACUGCCUGCUGGAGGCCGGGAUCAGCUGCACCAGAGACCUGAUCAAGUCCCAGAUCUACCCCAUCGUCCUCUUCAUCCGGGUGUCAGAGAAGAACAUCAAGAAGUUCAGGAAGAUGCUGACGCGGCCCGAGACGGAGGAGGAGUUCCUGCGCCUGUGCCGGCUGAAGGAGAGGGAGCUGGAGGCCCUGCCGUGCCUGUACGCCACGGUGGAGGUGGACAUGUGGGGCAACGUGGAGGAGCUGCUGCGCGUCCUCAAGGACAAGAUCUGCGAGGAGCAGCGCAAGACCGUGUGGGUGGACGAGGACCAGCUGUGAGGCGGGCGCCGCUGAGUCUGAGCGGGACUCGGCCGGGGUGUGCAGACCCCACCGGGCGAUGCCGUGGCGAGCCGGGGCCCCCUGCUGCGUAGACGGCCGAGGGGCUCCAUCCUCCCUGGUGACGGAGCCCCCACCCAGGAAGCACUGGGGGCACGUGCAGCUCGGGAAGGAGCAGGGAGUGGUCUUCGCCACCGGAGGCUGACCUGCUGAGCAGGCCAGCCCGGCCGGCGGGAGGAGGGAGGCAGGACCGCAUGAAGGACACAGAGCCAGGUCUGAGGUCAGCGGCCCCAGGAACCUGGAGCAGCAAUUGAAUGUAACACAUGGGACAGGUGUGCUGCCCACAGGGCGGGGACCCUGAAAGCCAGGGGUCUGCCCGCCCGCGGGACUCAAUGCACAUUCACACGCAGAAGGGGACAUGCACCAUGCUACUAUUUUUCUUGCAUUAAAAUUUCUCUUAUUUCCUUGUUUUCAGCCACUUUUUUUUAAUGUAAUAGUUUGCAGGGGUUUUCAGCUCUUGCCACCAUCCUAAACUCAAACGGCCUUCAGCGAGCUCAGUUCAGGCCCCAUGUCAUGUGCAGGGUGGAGGUAGGAUGACUGUAUGGCCCAGUUUUCUCAGGACAGGCCUGAUUUACCCUGGGGGUUGGGACUAAUUACUCUGGUUUGACUAAGAUUUGUCCUGAUGUGGACGAUUAAUUAUAUCAUGACCCUGGGAAGGGCCCCCUGUCUACAUGCCUGCAUCCCUGACUCGAGCCUGAGGCCAGGCCCCGCGCCCUCCCUGCACGCGUCCUCCAUGUGUCUGUGCAGGUACUGCUCCUGCGUGGUGCAGCCUUGCGCUGUCCUGCAGGAGGGAGCACGUGGGUAAGGCCCUCUGGCGGGUUUGCUCCCCACGGCCCAGGAGCCACACUUCCUCCACGGAAGACAGCAAGGGCCCUGUGGGUCCUUGGGCCAUUCUUCUCCUUGACCCCCAUCAGUGCAGACUUUCCAAGUAUGGACCAGCAGGCACAGCCAGACCAGGCCAGCUCCAGCCUGGCACCAUGCCAAGUAUUCAGCAGCUGGUGGGUGGCCGGCUGGGGUUCAGACCUAGGUCUGUGUGUUCCUGGGAGCUGUGGGGGCAACCACUAGUUGACAAUCCAGUAUCCACACUUGUUUCCUCAUUAACAGAAUCUUGAUUUUAUCCUGAGAAACUGUGCACAGCUUAAAGACUAUAGCUCCCAGCCUCCCUUGCAGCCAGAAUAAUCAAGGAACUGUAAGGCAAGUUUGGGGUAGAGACAGAACAGCCCUUCCUUCAGUUUCCUGUGUAGAACACAGACGUGAUGGCUGGAGCUCCAGCAGCCAUACGGGAUCUUGAGGUGACCUUGAAGGUAGAAACCCUGCAGAGGCUGGUGGAACAAAAAGAUAGGAGAAGCCAGAGUCACUGAUAACAGUUUGGAGCCCAGGACUGCUGCGUAGGUUUCUUUCACAUGAAACUGAAAUAAAUCUUUAUUUUGUGUUAAGUGGCCAUUAUUUGGGUUCUCAGUUACUUGCAGCCUAGAGCAAUUCUUAAUGACAUAGGAGCAACACUUUCCUUUAGUUUCAGAUACCAUGGAUGUGAGUUGACUGUCUGGUACGUUUUUGCCACAUAUUGAAGAUGUGAAU